CAUGAGCACACGCCACUCUUCGCUCACCUAGCGUCUGAUCUCUGUGGACGGUGGCUGAAAAAGGACAAUGGUUUCCAUGUCAGCGGGUAAACGCUCUCACUUUGGCACCUGGACCUGGGAGAAGGCAGAACUGAGUGCGUGCUGAGGAGCGAGGGAGCCACUUAAAGGAGCAAUAACCAUGCCACGCCGGGGCCUAGUGGCUGGGCCAGACUUUCAGUAUUUCCAGCGUCGGUAUUUCACGCCCGUUGAGGUGGCUCAACACAACCAGCCGGAAGACCUCUGGGUGUCUUACCUGGGAUAUGUAUAUGACCUAACGCCGUUGGCGCAAGAGUACCAAGGAGAUCUGCUGCUGAAACCCAUCCUGGAAGUUGCGGGCCAGGACAUCAGCCACUGGUUUGACCCCAAGACCAGAGACAUCCGCAAGCACAUAGAUCCGCUGACUGGUUCCCAGAGAUACCGCACCCCUCGGGGCCGCUUUCUGCACAUCCCACCUCAGCUGCCCCGUUCCGACUGGGCCAAUGACUUCGGGAAGCCCUGGUGGCAGGGGUCACGUUAUGAAGUGGGGCGGCUGUCAGCCAAGACCCGGAACAUCCGUAUAAUUAACACGCUUACGUCGCAGGAGCACACACUGGAGGUGGGGGACCUGGAAUCAAUGUGGGAAAUCCUACACCGCUAUCUCCCCUAUAAUGCACAUGCUGCCAGCUACACAUGGAAAUAUGAAGGGAAGAACCUGAACAUGGAACAUACUCUGGAAGAGAAUGGGAUCCGGGAUGAGGAGGAAGAAUUUGACUAUCUCACUAUGGAUGGUGCACUCCACACACCUGCAAUACUGCUCUACUUCAAUGAUGACCUCACAGAGCUAUAGGAAAGGAGAUAUAUGCUGAUGUAGACUCAAGACAUAUUUUGAAUUUGGCUGUUUCUGUACCCUAUAGGAAAAGAGAUGGGGACUGGGUGGGGAGGUGUGCCUGGACCUUGACCUCCAUUUUACUCUGGGAACUGGCCUGUGGUUCCCAUGCUGAAACGUAAAGGUCUGAUUCUCCAGGUCCAUUAUAAUUUACUCUGAAAAAGUUAGGGAGAAUGCUAGAAAUUAAUUUUAAAAAACGAUACAAGAAGACAAAGUAUCUUGGAUUAGGAACAUGUAACAUAGUCAGAUAAGAACUCAGGCAGAACUUUUUGAUAAUAAGAUAGAGAUAUCCUACACAGGAUGAGGGAUGGAACAACUUUUUUUGGCAAUGAUGGAAAUGGGAUGGCUGCAGGAAAAUGGUGUUUACAAAGACAAAUAGAAAAUACCUAUCACAGGCCAUAUAAAGCUGACUAAUCUUUCUUCUGAAUAAUAUUUGGCAGCUGAAACCCAAAGGGAAGAGUGGAAGUGAAUGGUUGUCAGAGAUUUCAGGUUAGAUAUUUUACUAUGUGCUUUAUACACCGUAUUUAAUGUAACUACCCAUUACCACUAUUAUCCACAUAAGUGUUUUGAAGUUUUGCAAGAUUUAA